AACCCCAUGUGCAAUACCAACUAGACAGCGCCAUGCAGGAUGUCAAUGAUAUGUUCGUCUUGCUGGAGGAAGCAGAGAGGAGUGCUUGCCGUAACGCCCUCAUCGAGGAGAGGAGUAGAUUCUGCUCUUUGGUCGGAUACCUCAGACCAGUUGUUGAGGAUGAGAUCUCCUUGCUCUCUGAGGUUGUGCAUCUUCAGACUGUCAUGGAGGAUCUGAGCACCCAGAGUAAAGACCCUCACAUUCUACCACCAGCCAGUGAACAGGUCAUCUUAGAUCUGAAGGGUCAAGAUGUCCAGUGGUCAUACACUCCACCAAGUUCUCCAACCCCGUCAAAUGGCUCCCGCAAGUCCAGCAUGUGCAGCCUGAGUAGCCUGAACAGCUCUGACUCUCGCUCCAGUGGCUCCAUGGCUUCGGCCCACUCCAACCACUCUCAUCCCAGCACCGGAGGACCCAACGGCUCCUCUCUCCACAGCUACCACCGGCAUCGCAGCCUCUCACAGCCCAGCAACCCUGCCUGCCGACUCUCCAGCGUCUCAUCCCAGGAUUCCGGUUUCACCUCCCAGGACACACUCUUCACCAGGCCGGGAUCGCCUCCAUCGUCGUCGACCAGCAGCGGUGGGAGCCAGGCACCUCAGCAGCUCCCUCCCCUGAGGGUGGAGGAGGAUGGGGAUCCAGUGGAUGAGACCAUGGCUUACAGUCUCAUGCUGCAGAUGGCUAAUGAGUAUGCCCAGCAUGGUAGAUUAUCAUCCAGCGACCAGUCAUCAAGUGAGGGAAGCACCCCUUCCUCAUCCCCAUCCCCUGCCUACCCCGCCCCACCAUCCUCCCAAAUGGCCCCUACCCCGCCCUGGUUAGAGAACAAAGUCCCCACGGCCAUCACAUCCACCACGCCUUCUGUGCCAGGUCCCAAGAAGCAGCCAAAGCCGGUACCCACGCCCAUGGUGUCCUUCAUGAAGCCCCCGACAGGCGAGGGCGCCAAACAGACUCCCCUCAAGAAUGGCAAGCCAGGAAAACAAGUCCUGCCGGAUUUCAAUAUGACACAGCCCAACCAGAUUGUGCCUCAACCCUUGUCUUCAACUAACGGAACUGACCAACCAACCAAUCACUCUGCUACAAGGAGAGCUUCUCAAGGUUCAGCUCCCCUCGACCUCGAGGCAGUUCUUGCAAGAGGUGCAGCAGAGAGGAAGGUGGAUGCGGACCCAAUCUAUGCCACACCGGGACCAGUCCGGGGCAAGCCCUCUAAGCUGGAUGUGGCUCCUAACAUGACCCCCAUGAGUCAAAGAUCAGCGGGGUCAAGUGGAUACGGCACUCAGGCCAGCUCUCCAAAUACAUCCAGCGACACUGUCAACUCUUCAGAAUACGAUCCCUACUCAGUCUGCGACAGCAACGUCAAUUAUCCAGACAUAAGUAAAUCUGCAACUCUCCCGCGCCAUUUCAAUCCAUCCUCAAUCUUUCAGGCUGUAUCAACAGCUUCAUCAUCGUCAUCGUCUUCUUCAUCCUCGUCAUCAUCAUCCUCCUCCUCUUCAUCGGCGUCAACCUCUCACACCCAGAUGCACCGCCGUCACUCCUCAAUUGGUGCUUUCACCAACAAUGAUAUGUCCAUCCACGGCACUGUACGCCGCAGGAAACCGCCGCCACCAAUCCGCAGGACGCCGUCUGGUAACUCGCUCUCGUUCAGCCUUACAGAAUCCAACAGCGCCCCACAGUUUGAUGAGUCUGGCAAGUUUAAGGUGCCACCUCCAACAAUGCCAGUUAAAGACACCCCAGCCAAGGUUGCGCGUAGCCAGAGCCUGCGGAUAGGGAUUGAUGAUAACAUGGCCCAAGCUAUGAGUAGGGUCGCGUUGAAAGAAAGUUUGGAUGCCAAGCUGGCAGAGAGACGUAAUUCACCAAGGACUCCACCCAGUGAUCUUGGCAACAAACAACCUGUCUUUACUGUAGGUAGCAAUGGUCAAGAUGGACAAUCACAAUAUGGCUUGUCCACACCUGGGUCCAGGCAUAGUAUUGCACAUCCCCCUUCAUCUUUUCAACACCAGUCGUAUGCUCAGCAGCAACAACAACAGCAAGAACUGCAAUAUCAUCUACAACUCCAACAGCAGAAGCAACAACAGCAACUUCAGCAGCAACAUCAGCAACUCCAGCUACAACAACAGCCACAGCCACCAUAUCAACAACAACAAAAUCAGCAGCAGCAACAACAAUUACAGUCCCAGCCACAGCAACAAUAUAUGCAGUACCAGUACGAACAACAGCCGCAGCAAUCAUACCAACCACAGGCUCAACAAAAUCACUAUCAGACUCUGCCCCCGCAACCCAAGACUCCGCAACAGUUGCAGCAGUACCCUCCCCCACAAGGGUAUGGUUACACCACACCAGACGGUAAAUGUGUACCCCAACCCCCAUCUUUCAACCCCCCUACUCCACCCGCAGAGGGCAGCCCUCUCCCCCCUCCUCCAAUGUCCAUGUUGACUCCGCCAUCCCACCAGCAGCAGCAUCCAGCUCCGGUAGAGAGUGAAUCGGAGGAGGAGGAAGAGACGGGGGUUGGGGCUAUGGCUGAGAUCAGACGGGGAGUCAAGCUGAGGAAAACCACUGCAGUGCAUGACCGCUCGGCACCGAGGUUAACGUCCCCUUGAGUGCUAGCCGCAUUGUAAAUAGACGGACAAUAUAAUAAAGCCACAAGAAGCAAAAAGAGCCACUUUGUAUCCAAUGGACCACAACAGACAUUGUGCAUUCUUGAUGUUGUUUUGAAAAUGUUUAAAUCGGAUUUAUAAUCAUGUUUAGCCCGUGUUUCACACAUCUCAACUUAGUUUAGUGUAAUAUGGUAUGAAUUCACAUUGUACUCACAGUAUUGGUAUGAACGCACAGGCUGUCGGAGAAAAUUGUUGAGAAGUCGUGUUCACCAAAUGUCAGUUCAUAUUCACACGUAUGUUGUGCCCUACUUUGCGUAUGUUGCAUUGUGGUGGUAGUGUAUGUUUGGCAUGUCUGAAUCAUCUUAUGGCAAAAUGGUUCAAUAUAAAUACAUAUAGAUGUUAAUUUGGAGUACGGUCAAAAUUAUUCUAUUAAAAUAGAAAUAUUGUAUUUUUUGUAAUCUGGUGAGAAAACAACCAUUAAAAAUAUCCCCCUUUUUGCUUCGCCUUAAACAAAUCACAAUAAUUUACUAAAACCAAAGAAUAUUCACUUUAGGGAUGUGCUUUAUUACCCUCUCGUCUCAUUUUAUGUCUUCAUCUUUUUUUAUGCUUUAUUCUUUGAAAGGACUGCAUGUAUUCCUAGAAUAUUCACUCUCAAACAUCUCUGAUCAUAAACUAAUUUCUUUUUAAAUUCAGGGUAUUCUAAUGGUGCGUUUAAUUUUUGGUCAGCCUCCCUUCGCCAAAGUUAUGCAAAAUUAAUUUUGAAACGCUGGUGCAUUUUUCGUAGUUAUGUUAUAUCCUGUACUGAAAUAUUUGUUUUUAAGACUCAUUAUUUUAUCUCCUUACUAACCAUUUUAUAAUUUUCUCACAAUUUUGCCACCCAUUUAUGGUGAUAUGAUUUGAUAUUAAAUGGUGCUUUGACAAUAUUAGUAAUAAUCAAUUAAACCCAAUCACUUUUAUGUUAUAUUCACUUUUUAACUCAUCGAAAAUUAAUGGGGCAUUGCAAGAAACUUGGAAUCAGUUACAAGUCUGCUUAGGCUCCCAAAAAUC